ACGAACGAAAUCCCAUGACGCCGCGCCGCCAUGUUUCCCCUAUAUUUGGUAACUCUGCUAUCGCCAGCGGAAGAAUAAGCAGCACUCAAGUAGUAAUCUGAACGGUCCGGAAUCUACUAUAGUUUCAAUUUUCACGCCGGCAGUGCACGUGGGAGUUGUUCGUGGUAACGAAAAGGGAAACAGGUUAACAGACACGGCACGAGUCUCGUCGAGCUGCUAGCAAUUGGUUAACAGUGGUAAGAUUUUCGAAGCAGAGUGAACCAUGUCGUGGAUUUUCGGUUACCGUAAUGCACAACCGCAAGACUUCUCCCAGUUCGUACCACCGUCGGCAUCCGACGGGGCCGGAGGCGGAGACGAUCGUGCACCACCGCCGAGGAUAUCUCAGAUGGAGCCUUACCGAUUUGACUCCAGUGCUUUGGAGAGAGCGGCGUCCGCCGCCAAAGAACUCGAAAGAUCCAAACAUGCCAAAGAAGCAUUGGAGCUGUCCAAAAUGCAAGAGUCUACCAAACAAAUGGAAAAACAAGCGGAAGUGAAACGAUACGAGGCCAGCAUAGAGCAAAUGAAAGCGGAGCAAAAGCGUAUCGACGGGGAGGAGAGGAGGAAAGUCCUACAAGAGGAAACCAAACAGCAUCAAAUGAGAGCUCAGUAUCAGGAUCAGUUGGCUAGGAAACGAUACGACGAUCAGCUGAUACAGCAACAGAGAAUGAACGAUGAAAAUUUGAGGAGGCAAGAGGAGUCGGUAGCGAAGCAAGAGGCCAUGAGGAAAGCCACGAUAGAGCACGAAAUGGAUUUGAGAUACAAAAACGAAAUGAAAAAGCUAGAGGCGGAGAUUAAAGCGAAAGCAAAGAUAGACAGGGAAAAUCAAGAUCUGAAUAUCGAGAAAAUUAGGGUGAAAGCGUCUGAGAAACGAGUAACAGUCUUGGAGUCGAUAAAAACUGCUGGUUCGGUAUUAGGUACUGGUGUCACAGCUUUCCUUCAAGACUGGGAUAAAAUCAUCGCUGCGGCCGGAGGUUUGUCUCUGUUGGCUUUUGGAGUGUACACCGCCAAAGGAACAACGGGCAUAGCCGCACGAUACGUAGAAUCGCGGCUCGGGAAACCGUCUCUCGUUCGAGAAACUUCUAGAUUUACAGUGUUAGACACGUUGCGGCAUCCUGUUCAAGCGUUGAAGAAGUUAAAAACCAAGCAGACCGAUGCUUUAUCCGGUGUUGUUUUAGCCCCGAAGCUGGAAGAAAGAUUACGCGACAUCGCGAUAGCUACGAAAAACACGAAACAAAAUCGCGGAAUGUACAGAAAUAUACUGAUGCAUGGCCCACCCGGAACGGGCAAAACGAUGUUCGCAAAGAAGUUGGCGCAACACUCCGGGAUGGAUUACGCGAUCGUGACUGGCGGCGACUUGGCGCCAUUGGGUCGAGAUGGUGUCACCGCUAUUCACAAAGUCUUCGAUUGGGCAGUAACAUCUAGGAAAGGCCUUUUGCUUUUUAUCGACGAGGCGGACGCCUUCUUGAGGAAACGAUCGAGUGAGCAUAUCUCCGAAGAUUUGAGGGCGAUGCUGAAUGCGUUUCUCUACAGGACGGGCGAGCAGAGCAACAAGUUCAUGUUGAUUCUCGCCUCAAAUACUCCCGAACAGUUUGAUUGGGCUGUCAACGACAGAUUGGACGAGAUGGUGGAGUUUCAUCUACCGGGUAGAGAAGAACGCGAGCGUCUAGUCCGACUUUACUUCGACAAAUUUGUUCUUCAGCCGGCGAUUGAGGGCAACAAAAGAUUAAAAGUCGCACAGUUCGAUUAUAACGCGCUUUGCAGUAAAAUAGCUGAAAUAACUGAGGGUAUGUCCGGAAGAGAACUAGCGAAAUUGGGUGUCACCUGGCAAGCAGCAGCGUAUGCUUCCGAAGAUGGAGUACUGACCGAACAAAUGGUUAUAGACAAGUGCAAAGAGGCUGUUAAACAGCACAAGCAGAAGGUUCAAUGGCAAAGCGAGCAAGAAAGACAAGAGGCGAAGUCGAUUUACGCCACUGAGAAAGAGAUUGAGAUUCAGCCUAUAAAAUCCAAAACAACAAUUGAGUCGCCAUCGGACGCAGCUUCCGUGGCAACAGCUUAACUAACGAACGUCGUUGCACAAAAACUUGUAAGUGGUACUUCAUUGAAAAAUGAAUUGGUAAGAAAUGAUAGUUAAAAAGAUGUAAAUGAUACUGUUAUAGAAGGAUGGAUUUAACAUUGAGUUCUCGUUUUCUAUACAAAAUAUGUGUAUAAAUAUUUUAAGGUAGAAGUAUAUUUGUUGUAAAAAUUCCUAGACUGACUAAACGUCCACUUAUAUAUAAAAUAUAUAUAUGACUGUGUGCAUGCGUGCGCGCGCGCGUAUAUGUGUGUGUAUAUUUGUAUAUACGUGUACUUGACUUACACUUUAGUUACAAUUUGAUGAAAACGAAACGAAACUUUUCAAAAUUAACAGACAUUGAUUAAAAUUCAAAUAUACGUUCCAAUAUUUUGCCACUCCGUUUCGUUUUCUUUUAUUUAUUUCCAAUGAAAUUCUCGAGUAACACUUUGUACAUUGUCAAUUUCAUAUUGUUUCAUCACAUCAAGUAAGAAGUAAUUUGAAAUUCUCAGGAACCCCGACUAAUAGGUUUCCAGUCGGUAGCGAAUUGUCAAAAAUAAAAUGCAGAUUUAAUCGAUGUCAUUUUACAAUAUUACAAAAAAAUUUUGUACAUAUAUAAUAUCCUACAUUGUAACUAGAUGUAUACAUGUUAAAAUAAUUUGGCAAAAAUGUUUGAGAAACGUUUUGCUAUAUUCUCAUAACUAUUAAUAAAUCUUUCAUAUCUU